UCUGCGUCAGGUUCGGGAUAUAAACUCAGAGUUUCUCGCGUUCAGGACGACUCACAGACUCUUGCGUCGAAUUAACACCAACAUCAGCUCCACAGACAUCACGAGAUGAUCACCACUAACGCUCUCGGUGUGUUCGUGUUCAUUACAGCACUGAUCGUCACUGAAGGCUCCUGGGGCUCUGGUAAAGGAAACUCGUACAAUUAUGACCUGUCGAGGAUGUCGGACCUGAGGAAGCUCUAUAACUCUAAAGUUUAUCGGGCUGAACGCAUGACACGCCCACUGGAUGGGAUGAAAGUCCAGGCAGGAAUACUCAGUCACUCCGGAGUCAGAGUGACUCUGGCAGACGGCACUAUGUGGUUGGUGCAUAAAGGAGACGGUUUCGGUAUUUCCUCUCAGACGGUGGUGGUGGACGCUCGACACAUGAGCAGACACUGGAAGGUCAGGGAGGUUAAAAACUUCGCUGGCACUAAGACGGUGUCGGAUUUUGUGAAAGCAGGAGGAACUGAUUACAGUCUUCUGUUCAAUAACUGUCACACCGCUGCGGGGAGGAUGAUGGAUGACUAAACACACGUCUGAUUCCGUCAGCCUGCCAAACCUGCUGAACAUUUCAUUUACAUUUCACUUCUGACUGCACAACACUUCAACAUUGCAGUUUUUAUCACACAAAACAGAAAAUAAAAACAUCCUGGAGUUUUA